AGCGGAAAUGAGGUCAUGAGUUUCCUGCAGAUGGGGCAGAAUAAACGAUGCUGUAUAUAUGUGUUUCGUUAAAGAACAAAGAAGGAACUGUUCGUCUAAUUAAAGAAUAUAGAGUCAAGUAUUGAGUGGUUAAAUCGAAACAUCGCUAUCAAUGCUGGCGGACUCAGGCGGGCGGUGCCGGGGAAGAAAGCGGUCAGCAGCAGCAGUGGGUGGGCCAGACUCUGGUGGGCGGGGCCGCAGCAGCACACCUGCAGCACAGGCGAGACGGAAAGCACCAGAGGCUGGAGAAGAAGAGGAUCAGUCAGAGAAGAAAUUCAGAAAGUGUGAGAAAUCCGGAUGUCCAGCGACGUACCCCGUGUGUUUCGCCAGUGCGUCUGAGAGGUGUGCUAGGAACGGUUACACGUCUCGCUGGUAUCACCUGUCGUGCGGAGAGCACUUCUGUAACGAGUGCUUCGAUCAUUACUACAGGAGUCACAAAGACGGAUACGAGACCUUCUCCUCCUGGAAGAGGGUCUGGACCAGCAAUGGGAAGAGCGAGCCCAGCCUUAAAGCCUUCAUGGCCGACCAGCAGCUGCCCUACUGGGUUCAGUGCACUAAUGCUGACUGUGGGAAGUGGCGUCAGCUGAAUAAAGAGACACAGCUGACCUCGGCGCUGGCCUCGUCCUACCGCUGCGGGAUGAAGCUCAACAGCGUGAAGGUGGAAGGAAGUGAUGCGUGCUCUCAGCCGGAGGACGUGCGGGUGUCCGGUGUGACGGACAGCUGGUGGCUCUCUAUGCUCAUCCUGCCGCCACUGUUUAAGGACAGUCCGGCCAGUCCCUUCCUCUCCGCUUAUUACCCGGACUGUGUGGGCAUGAGCCCGUCUGCUUCACCCGAGCACCGCAGAGCUGCUCCGCCUCAGAUCCCCGGACUCUCGCCCUAUUUCCAGCCCUUCUAUCAGCCGAAUGAGUGUGGGAAGGCCCUGUGUGUCAGACCUGAUAUGAUGGAGCUGGACGAGCUGUACGAGUUCCCAGAGUUCUCCAGAGAUCCCACCAUGUACCUGGCUCUGAGGAACCUGGUGCUGGCAGCCUGGAACCGUGACUGCAAGGAGGUUCUGACGCUGCAGAAGUGUGCUCCUCAUGUGAUUGUACGUGGGCUGGUGCGUGUCCGCUGCGUUCAGGAGCUGGAGCGGGUCCUGUACUUCAUGACCAGGAAGGGCCUGAUCAACACCGGAGCACUGCAGAUUAAGUCCUCGCUGCUGCCUGAGUCACAGCACAAUAAGGUGCUGGUCAUCGGAGCAGGUGCCGCAGGGCUCGCUGCUGCAAGACAACUCCAGAACUUCGGCAUGCAGGUGGUGGUUCUGGAGGCAAGGGAGCGAAUUGGGGGGCGGGUUUGGGAUGAUGCGUCGCUGGGCGUGACGGUGGGCCGCGGAGCUCAGAUCGUCAACGGCUGCGUCAACAACCCCAUAGCCCUGAUGUGUGAGCAGGUGGGUCUGCGGAUGCACACUCUGGGCGUCCGCUGCGAGCUCAUUCAGGAAGGUGGACGUGUCACAGACCCAGCUCUGGACAAACGCAUGGACUUCCACUUUAACGCUGUGCUGGACGCUGUAUCCGAGUGGAGGAAAGACAAGGCGCAGUCCCAGGAUGCACCACUGGGCGAGAAGAUCCAGGAAGUGUACAAGACGUUCCUGCAGGAGUCUGGACUUCAGUUCACCGACCUGGAGGAGAAGGUUCUGCACUUUCAUCUCAGUAACCUGGAAUACGCCUGUGGAAACACACUGGACCAGGUGUCAGCGCGCUCGUGGGAUCAUAACGAGUGUUUCGCUCAGUUCUCUGGAGAUCACACACUGCUCACUGAUGGAUACUCAUCUGUCCUGCACAAACUCGCUCAGGGACUCGACAUCCGGCUCAAUACUGCGGUGCAGCAUGUGGAUUACUCUGGAGAGGGAGUGACGGUGGUGUCCAGCUGUGGCUCUCGCUGGAGUGUGCAGAAGGUUUUGGUGACGGUUCCACUGGCUCUGCUGCAGAAGAACCUCAUCGGGUUCAGUCCUCCUCUUCCUGACAGGAAGCUCAAAGCCAUCCACAGUCUGGGAGCUGGAGUCAUUGAGAAGGUGGCUCUCCAGUUCCCCUCGCGCUUCUGGGAUAGGAAAAUCCAGGGAGCGGAUUACUUUGGCCACGUCCCGCCCUGUCCGGAGAAGAGAGGCCUGUUCAGUGUGUUCUACGACAUGAGUCCACAGGGUGAGGAGUGUGUGCUGAUGACGGUGGUCACCGGCGAGGCUCUCUCUCUGCUGCGGGGUCUUCAGGACUCUCAGGUGGUGGAUCUGUGUAUGAGCGUCCUCCGCGAGCUCUUCGAGGAGCAGGAGGUUCCGGAGCCGCUCCGGUUCCUGGUGACCCGCUGGAGCACUGACCCGUGGGCUCAGAUGUCCUACAGCUUCGUGAAGACGGGCGGCAGCGGAGAGGCCUAUGACAUCAUCGCUGAAGACGUGCAGGGCAAGCUGUUCUUCGCCGGAGAGGCCACAAACAGACACUUUCCUCAGACGGUGACAGGAGCGUAUCUGAGUGGAGUGCGUGAGGCCAGCAAGAUCACAGCGCUUUAGCAGCGACACACACACACACACACACACACACACACAGAGCAAGAUCACAGCACUUUAGCAGCGACACACACACACACAGAGCAAGAUAGUAGCGACACACACACACACAGCAAAAUCACAACACUUUAGCAGCAACACACACACACACACACACACAUAGCAAGAUAGUAGCGACACACACACACACACAGCAAGAUCACAACGCUUUAGCAGUGACACACACACACAAGAUCACAGCGCUUUGGCACCGUCUCACUCUGAUCCAGAACCAGAUCACCACAGGACUGUGUGAUCACCACUACACACACACACACACACACACACUCUCUCUCACACACACACACACACACACACAAAGCUGAUGAGAUAGAAUGAUGAGAAAUGAUCUAACACACACGCUGCAGGUCUUUUACUGACUGAAUCAAUGAACUUUCAUCAGAUUUUUGACGGUUUUGAAGUUGUUAAACAUCAGUUUGUAAACAUGUCUUUUUAAUUUCACAGCUGAAAUUAAUUGUCAUUUUCUGCUGACUUUGAAAUGAGGGGUUUUGUAUGAUUAUGUAAAGAGAUGCACACAAAGAUUUCCUCUGUAAAUUGUUUUUUGUCCUUUGUUCAGAUUAUGGAAAUAUUUUUGCCUUCUUACAUUUGUUUUGAAACAGGCUCAGUUUUGAUGGUAAGAUCAUUUGUUCCUGUAAUGUAUUAAAAAUGAUAAAUUAUUCUAAA